ACUAUAUUUCUCCUCUGUGUGCAUCACCAUGGUGACCUUGACCUGAGCCAUGCAGAAAUGUCACAGCUGUGUUUGCACUGACAUGAGGCUGCAGAGGAGCCGGAACCCACACCCCCUGCAGCAUUUCUGGGGCCUGGGGACCCCGUGGGAGGUUGUUCCCCUUCCUGUGGGGCUGCUGAUGUGACAACCCCAUGACCAGGCAGACCAGCCCCCAAGUGGCCACACCCUGUGCUUCUGUCUGUCCUGCGGGCACUGAGGUCCCUCCGUCUGCACAGCUGGGGCCAGAGGCAGAGACGCCAUGACCCCCACCCUCACGGCCCUGCUCCUCCUCGGGCUGAGUGUGGGCCCCAGGACCCGAGCACAGGCAGGGACCCUCCCCAAACCCUCCAUCUGGGCUGAGCCAGGCUAUGUGGUCCCCCGGGGUAGUGCUGUGACCAUUUGGUGUCAGGGAAUCCUGGAGGCCCAAGUGUUCUUUCUGGAUAAAGAGGAACACUCAGGGUUCUGGGAUGUUCAUUUCCCAAAGAAGCCUGGGAACACGGCCAAGUUCUCCAUCACACACAUGACAGAUGGACAUGCAGGACGGUAUCACUGUUCCUCUCGAAGGCCCGCUAGUUUGUCAGAACACAGUGACCCCCUGGAGCUGGUGGUGACAGGAUUCCAUGGCAAACCCCGUCUCUCAGCCCUGCCCAGCCCCGUCGUGACCUCAGGAGGGAAGGUGACUCUCCAGUGUGCCUCAUGGGAGAAAUUUGACAGGUUUGUCCUGAGGAAGGAAGGAGAACCCAGACCCUCGUCGACCCUCGACUCCCAGCGACCCACUAGUGGGCAGUUCCAGGCCCUGUUUCCUGUGGGCCCCGUGACCCCCAACGUCAGGUGGACAUUCAGAUGCUAUGGCUAUUUCAGCAAAACCCCCCAGAUGUGGUCCUACCCCAGUAAACCCCUGGAGCUCCUGGUCUCAGGAACUUCUGGGGGCCCCAGCCCCCCACCCACAGGACCUGGCUCCACAGAGAGUCUUGAAAAGUACCAGAAAAUUGCGAUCGGGGCCUCUGUGACCUUAAUCUUGCUGCUUGCCCUCCUUGUCCUCCUCCUCCUUCUCCGACUCCGGCACCAGAAAAAAUGCUGCAAGUCAGGUGCUCUGCAUCCUGAGGCUGAGACCAGAGCCCUGCAGAAAAGGUACUGUGUGAUUCCAGGUACAUCCCUGCCCCCUGUCGGGCCUCGGUCUCCCUAUCUGAGGGUGGGAGGGGCGUGUGGGACUGCAGGGUUUCGGGAAUCUUGGCAUGAAAUAGAAUCUUCUCAUUCUCCAGAUGCUGAGGUGAGAGAGUCCCAACCUGAGGAAGACAGACAGAUGGACAGUCGGGCUGUGGCAUCUGAAGACCCCCAGGAUGUGACCUAUGCCCAGCUGAACAGCCUGAAUCUUGAACAGGAGACAAGUGCACCCCCUUCCUCACGGGCAGGGGAGCUGCCCUCAGAGCCCAUCAUGUAUGCCACUCUGGCCAGGAAGGACGCACACCCCACACUCCAGGGAGGGGACUGCAGGAACCCCAGGACGCAGUGAGGCUGCCCCCAAGGACACUCAGCUAAUACCCCCUGCACCUGGAGACCUCUCAUAUGGGAGCAGGAUAUCCUAGAGCUUCAGAAGUCAUCUAAUUCGCCAGAUGAAGAGAAAUAGCAGCUCCAAAUUUUUAGAAAGAAAAGAAACACUUCUAAAUAACCAGUGGACAAGAGAAGCCAGCCACAGAUGAAGAUAGGACUUCUUUUUUUUUUUUUUACUCCCAUGACAAUGCAAAAAUUCUACAUCAACGCAUAGUUUUACCUAAAUGGUAAUGUAAAUGCCGUAUGCCAAGACGAAAUGGGGAAAGUCAGUGCCUGAAUGUAAUUAGUGCCAAGAGAAGAGAGCCUGAAAGUCAACAACGCAGGCAAUGUUCUAUGGGAGCUAGAGAAAGGAUAGCAAAUUCAUCCCAUGGCAGUGGGUAAAAAUCAAUAGACCUUACGCUGAUCACAAAGAAUAAAAAAGAGAACAAUCAA